AUGGACUCUCCAGCGGAUCUGGGUUUCGACUACAGCCCUAAUCUCCCGGUGCCCAUCUCCUUAAUUGGGGGCCGAUAUCUGCUCUUCGACGUUAAAAUUGCGACCUACCUCCGCAGGGAGCAUAAUAUAUGUGGUAUAACCAUUGGCACGCUACCCUUGAGUCCGUCUCAAAAUCUGUUUCUCGGGGUGCCCAUUGAGAUCAUGCCCGAGGAAGCUCAGUUACUAGUGGAGCGAGGGGUCGGCGUCGUGGUUGACGAAGCUCGAGUUCACGACCAAGCCGUUCAGUCGAGAGACCUAGCUCGACGCGCUGACUAUCUGGCAAAGAUAGAGAAGCAGUCUAAGCAAGUCAAGCACGCCAAGGAUCAGGAGAAGCAGCAGUCCCGGAGACGAGCUUUGGGCAAAAAUGCCAAAGUUUCGACCCCAUCAUCUGAUCCCGGACAGGUCGGCCUUGACGACAACGAGACGGUGCAAGAUGCUGAAGCUCCCGCCCCGGAGAGUGAGGCGCUCUUCCAAGACGACCCUCCGGUCAGAGUGUCGACUGCUUCUGCCACGUCGAACAGCUAUUUUGUUACUCCAGCCACAUCUCGACUGCUUCUUCCAACUCCUCCGGCAUCGCCUGGGUUGACAGUAGAGAAUCUUCCGUCGUCUUACCCUCUUUACAGGCAUCUCCACGACGGAGGCUUCUUCAUGACCCCGGGCCUUCGAUUCGGGUGCCAAUACACUGUUUAUCCCGGCGACCCUCUCCGAUUCCACUCCCACUUCCUCGCUGUGGGUGCUGAGUGGGAUGAAGAGAUUGAUCUCAUGGACAUUGUUGCUGGGGGGAGACUGGGUACUGGCGUAAAGAAAGGCUUCCUGUUGGGCGGAGCCAGUCCGAAGGGAGAUGUCAGGACCUUUAGCGUUGAGUGGGCAGCAAUGUAA